AUGAUGAAUGAAACAGUCGAUAGUGUAUAUCGUUUCGUUACUGAUCAAUCAUCAUCAGCAUAUAAUAAAAUGAAUUCAUUCGUUGCAUCACUUCGUCGUCGUUUUGAUAAGGUACUUACAGCUAAUGCUAAUACAACAUCAACAAAUUCUUCAUCUAUGACAACAAAUGACGGUGAGAUAUUAUUGCUUAAAGAAGCUAUAACAGAUGCUUAUUCUAUGCUUGCUAUGAAAAAUAAUAAUGAUUUAAAAAAUUGCUUGCAUGUUGCUGAAAAUUUUCAAAAACAAUCAUGUUCACCUACUACUGCACGUCGUUUAAUUAAUGAAAUGCGUUCAUUUAUAUCUUUAUCUCAUUCAGAUGAAAAUUAUUUACCAAGUAUAAAAAUUGAUCAAACAAGAAAAUCAGAAAAAAACUUCAAUGUUUAUGAUACAUUGAAUAAACAUCGACCAAUAGUACGAUCAAAUCCAAAUGUCAACAAUAUCAAUAGAAACGAGGCGGGUAAGCCCGUUAAUAUGCAAAGACAUUCGCUUCGUAGCUCUAUGCGUAAUUUAAUAAAACGUCGUACAAUAAAAGUUCCAUCUAAAAAAAUUCUAGGCUCAUCUAACGAUCCACAAUCUCCACAUAUAUAUGAAUCACUCGAUCCACCUUCACCGGAUGUACCAUCAGCAAUAAAUUCAGUGCCAACAUCGGAUCAAUCUUACACAUUUCCACCAAAAUUAAAAUCAUCUUAUAUACUUCCAUCAUCGAUUGUUGUUCUUGAUCAUUUUACAACAAAUCUUUAUCUUGUUGUUAAUUCAAUAUUAAAUCAGUUAUUUGUUGUAUUUGGUUCAACAAAAAUUCAUACUAUUAAAUUGUAUGAUACAAAUGGUAGAAAAAUUCAUGCAAAUGAUCUUAUUUUACAAUAUAAAUUUGAAGAUUUACAUGGUUAUAAAUUAUUAUCAUCAAUAUUAAAUAAUAAUUUACAAAAUUGUUUAAUUGUUAAUGAGAUACGUGUUUAUGUUACUGAACCUUUAGAUAAUACUCCACCAAGUCAAACACUUAAACAACGUUUAUUAUUUUUUGAUCAAAAUGGUCAUUUUAUUUCAACAUCAAAACGUUUACCAAUAACAAAUGAAUUAUUAUUUGUUGAAGUUGAUCGUUCAACAUCAUCAAUAUAUGUAUAUGAUGGUUUAAAUUUAAUAAAUUUAGAUCGUAAUUGGUCAAUAAGUAUUGAAAAUAUUAAUUGUAUAUCAUCUGGUUCAACAUUUCUUGUUUGUUUACAUUCAAAAACAAAUCAAAUAAGUAUAUAUAAUAAUCAAACAGGUUCAUUUAUAUAUCGUUGGUUAAUAACAACACCAAAUAUUCAUUAUCUACAAACAGUUUCUUUAUGUGUAUCCCGUCAAGAUUUGAUUUAUGUUUUAGUUUGGAAUUGUGAUGUACAUCCAUAUAAUAAUCAUGUACUUGUUUUUGAUCAAGAAGGACAAUUACGUCGAGAAUACUAUAUUCCAAAUCGUAUUAUACCAACUAUACAUGGAACAUAUACAUAUGAGAUGACACUCGGUGGUGGACAUCAUGCGACAAAUCCACUCGCCAAUAUAAUACGUCAACCAUCAAGAAAACCAGAUCCACAAGCAAUGGCAUGGAUGCAGCGACAAGUUAUGUGGAAUGCUAGUCAUAGACUUCCAUCAUCACAUAUGUGGGCAAAUAAUUCAGCAUCAACAUCACAGAUGCAACCAUUUUAUCAUGGAAUGGGAAGUCCUUAUGAUAUGUAUCAUCAACAACAACAGUCAACACAAGAUGAUAAUACACUUUUUCAUGCACGAUUUGUUGCUAUUACGGAUGAUGAUACAUUAAUUUUGUCGAAUAUAAUUGAUCUUGGUUUAGAUGAAGAAACACAAGAAACAGCUGUCGUUAAUGUUAGUCGAAAAAUUUUAUUUUUUCAUUUGGAUACAUAA